AUGGGCGGCAGCGGCAGCAAAAGUGCCGAGACGUCUAGCAGUACGCAGCAAGCGCCGUCCAAAGCCGCCUCUGUGAAGGACGAGGUGCUGGGCCUCGUGCUGGACGGCUUGAUGCUCUACACCAUCUACCAAACGUCCAAGUACCUCUACAAGCAAGCGAAGCCCAUGCUCGACGACUGGAACAAGGGUCAGGACAGUCAAGCCAAGCUGAAGAAUCGCCUGCAGCGCACUGGACGCCGUGCCUUCAGCACCAACUACUUUGAGAACGUCAUUGCUGGCGACAUCGUGGACCCACAAGACAUUGACGUGUCGUUUGACGACAUUGGCGGUCUAGAGCGCCAAAAGCGCGACAUCCACGAUCUCGUAGUGCUGCCGCUGCGAAGUCCCGAGUUCUUUGCGUCUCGUGGGACCCUGCUCACGGUUCCCAAAGGCAUUUUGCUCUACGGUAUGCCUGGAACAGGUAAGACCAUGCUGGCGAAAGCUAUUGCCAAAGAAUCCGGCGCGUUCUUCAUCGAUCUCAAGAUCAGUACGAUCAUGAGCAAGUGGUUUGGCGAGUCGCAGAAACUUGUACGCGCGGCUUUUUCGCUGGCUCGGAAGUUGGCACCGUGCAUCAUUUUUAUCGAUGAGGUCGACUCGUUCAUGGGCAAGCGAGGCGGCGUGUCGGAUCCCACGUUUUUAUCCAUGAAAACGGAAUUCUUGGCGCUUUGGGAUGGUUUUACCGAGAUGAGCAAUGAGAACAACGGUGGCUUUGGUGUGAUUGUCAUGGGUGCAACCAAUCGUCCAGGUGACGUGGAUCCAGCCUUCCUGCGUCGCAUGCCUCGCACAUUUGAGAUCGGACUGCCCGAUCGGCCGCAGCGUGAGAAGAUCCUUCGACUUCAAUUGAAGACGGAGGUAGUGGAUGAUACUGUCAAUUUUAGCAAUCUUGCCAGUGACACGGUGUACUACAGUGGUAGCGAUCUGAAGGAAUUGUGUCGCGCUGCUCUGAUGAUUCCGCUUCGUGAACACAUCGACAAUUGCCGCGCCGCAGUAGAAGAAGCCGCAAAAAAUCAGCCUGCUGAAGACGAAAAGCCCCAGAUACGCGACAAUGCUGCUCUGCCCAAGCCACCUACAAUGCGUCCACUGUCGAUGGCAGACUUUGACGAGGCAAGAACUAUGGUGCAACCAACAGGUGCGACGGCAUAUGCAUACGAGAACGCACAGAACGAAAAGCCAGGUCGCCAAUCAUCCAACGGCCCAGGGAUGUCCAUGGAUCCGGACAUGUUCGCGGCAGUUUUGGCUGCUGGCCUGCAGAGCUUAAUGCAGCAGAGUCAUAACGUCACACCGGCUCACGAUUAG